GGAGAUCAUCGCGUGGAGACCAGAGCUCCGCUGAAUUUCGACCUGUGUUCCAGAGAUGGGGUGAUUGGAAAGGUGCCGACGGCGCCUCAGAACGGAAGGAUGGCGCGGGAUUUCGGGGUUGGAAUUCCCCAAGAGAGCAAACAGAAGACCAGCAAGGGCCGUAUGCUGCCCUGAAUCGUCUGCAAAGUUACUCCAACAAGGACAGCACCCGCAUCCGCAUCGAUGGCCUCGACAAAAUGAUUGACCAGGAACACAACGACCCUGAGAUUCGCAGCUUUUUUUCGGACUUCGACGUCGUCGCCAUCGACAAGUGCGUGGUUCCAUACUCGCUCCGAUCUACGCCUGGGAACCACCAUCACUGUUAUGUUGACCUUGGCUCCCGCGAGGAAGUUGACCGUGCUGUCAAGGAGCUGAGCGGCACGGCAAUGAAUGGAGUGGUCGUUCGUCUCUCCAUAGCUCGAGAUGGGAGAGGCCCGAACCAGCAUGGCCAAAGCCAGUCAUCUGGAGGGGGUAGCCAGAUUGACCACAAGGCGAGAGAGGUACACGGCGGUGGAAGAGAUUACAUGCAGAAAAGCAGCUGGCGGAGGGCGGAUGCUUGAAUUGCUUGCGUUAGUUUGUCUGCCACUCAAACAACAGCAUCAGUUAUUACCUUUGAAGAA